AUGAGCACCAAUAAUACUGGAAAACUAGAGUACUUAAAUUCCAUCGAGGAUUUUGAGCCUGCGACAGUCGACGUCGACCACAGCAAGAAGAGCCAUCUGGUUACGUUUCCCUAUCCGUACAUGAAUGGAAAGCUGCAUCUGGGACAUCUCUUUACGCUUAGCAAGGCUGAUUUUGUUUCCUAUUUCAAGAAGCAGCAAGGAUAUAAUGCGCUGUUUCCAUUUGGCUUUCAUUGCACCGGAAUGCCAAUCAGCGCAUCCGCCUACAAGCUAAAAGAAGAACUCGCCGGUAGACCAGUAGAUGUGAGUGUCGUGGGAAUGCUACGGGGACUUGGGUUCUCUGAUGUUGAGCCCUUUACGGAUCCGAUUCACUGGGUUAGGACGUUUCCAGGAUAUGCCAUUGAGUCCCUUAAGAAAUUCCAUGCCAAUAUCGAUUGGAGAAGAACAUUUAUCACGACUGACAUUAAUCCCUAUUAUGACAGCUUUGUGAGGUAUCAAUUUAACAAACUGAGGAGCUUGGGUUUGCUCAACUUUGGAAAGAGGUACUCUAUCUACUGUCCCAUCGACAAUCAGCCAUGCUUGGACCACGACAGAAGGAAAGGCGAGGGCAUCAAACCAGAGGGCAUUGUAUUAAGGAAAAUUGAGGUAGAAAACAAGCUAAUAUUCCUCAUAAGAUGCAAGAGCAUCGAGCCUAUUGAAAAGGUGGUAUUUUUCAAAAACAGAAAAAUCGUACAUUUUAAAAUUGGUGAGACUGGAUAUUUAAUUGAGGAAGAUCUUUUCCAAAAUUUGAAAUUCCAGGUUGAUGGUGUCAAGAUUAUCAAGGAGCUUUGCAUUUCGGAUUUAAAGAUGAAGAAAUUGAGAAUUGAGCUGAUAGAGAAGGAGAUUCCCGGCAAAGUUGUCGUUAUAAGUUUCCAAUGCCCGGGAAGUGCAGAUGAAUGCGGAGAAUAUAAAAGGAUUGUAGAUGUAAAGAAUGAGCGAAUUAAUAUUGGUAGAAACAGAAAAUUUUGUCAAAGUCUUUGUGCCAGAAGAUACUGUUAUAAGCAGGUCAGGAGCAAAAUGCGUUGUUUCGCUUCUUGA